ACGGUAGAUCAGAUUCUGCCCUAACUUUAACGGACGAGAUUCACUACUACUUGCAAUACAUAUCUCGCUCCUUCCACCACUUUCCCUUCGCUGGCGGAGGGCCGACUCGGGCUAGUUCAUCUACUUGGUUAACUUUUCCAACAAGAUAGGAUGGCACCAAAAGCUACCUCGAAGAAACCUGAUGAUAAAGCACAGGCUGAGAAAGUUGCGAAGGCCGUGAAGACUGGAUCAACUCUGAAGAAGAAAACCAAGAAGAUCCGGACCUCUGUAACUUUUCAUCGGCCAAAGACUCUUCAAAAGCCCAGAAACCCAAAAUACCCUAGAAUUAGUGCUCCACCAAGAAACAAGUUGGACCACUAUCAAAUUCUCAAGUAUCCCUUGACCACUGAAUCUGCUAUGAAGAAAAUUGAAGACAACAACACUCUUGUCUUCAUUGUUGAUCUUAGAGCAGACAAGAAGAAGAUCAAGGCUGCAGUUAAGAAAAUGUAUGAUAUUCAGGCGAAGAAAGUGAAUACUCUGAUCAGGCCGGACGGAACUAAGAAGGCUUAUGUGAGACUAACACCUGAUUAUGAUGCCCUUGACGUUGCAAAUAAGAUUGGUAUCAUCUAAAGGCAACUAUGAUGGCAAGCCUCAUGAUCACAGCAGCUUCGUCAGUAGUUGGAGUUGAGAGUUUAUUCUAAGAACACUUUGAAUAUUACCUUAAAUUUUUGUUUGGCGUGUUGUGCUCUGUAGAAACUUUUGAUAAUCAUGCAAAACUCUGAUUUUAAAAAGGUAUUUCUCGUUUGGUUUCA